AUGGAGCUUGAAAAUCUGGUUUUAGUAGCAGAGAAAUUUGAUGAAUACGAAUUCACCAAAGGGAUUUUUGGUUGUGAAACGGAGAUAACCAAGUUCUAUGGUUUUCUUCGGAAGCGAUUGGAUUCAAAUCAAGGGUUGCUCGAUUCCGAAAAAUUGAGCUAUUAUAUUACGCAGGCUCUCCGAUGCAAUCAAAUUCAAUUGAAGAAAUCAAUGCCUGACAUUUUGGACUUCUUUCGCCGAGCUCUCACCUUGCCGGAAGGAGCUGGAAAUCAUUGUGGUGGGCUCAUUUUUACGAAAGAAGAACUUCAACAACUGGCGCCUUUGAUUGCAGAACACAACUUACUAGGCGACCGAUGGACUAAGGAAGAAAUACUGUGCCCUUUGUUUCCAAAACAUUUUCUGACCACUUUAUUGAUCGACUAUGAAGAAAUGAGAUUUGGUCCCAUGUGCAAACGCCGCCCCAUGACAAAAGCGGGCUUGGUGUUGGAAACAAGCGAGGGCAAGGGUGGAAUCAUUGCAAAUCUAAGGUCUGAUAUAAGCCCGAACGCGGAAACGCUCUUCAGCGGUACUGUCCAGCGUGCUGAACGUAAAUCCUGGAGUAACGAUCUACGAAGUGCCAAACUAGUCUUGGGCAAGAGUCGAGAUGGCAAUUGGGUGAUUCAGGCUUCCAUUAAUGUUAAUGAACAGAGACACAUUCGUGACUUGUGGCAAUCCCCCAUGAGCUUCAACUGUUUGAAUGCCCCUCCAAUGAAACCAUGGCAAAAACUUCACAACAGUGCACCCAAGGGUCGUUUGAAAAUCGUUCUGGAACCUAAUUUCCCAUAUUGA